AUGGCGUUCGCAAGUGCGAAAAGUAACAUUAAAUUAGAAAUAUUUAAAGAAUAUUCAUCAGAUGUCAAAAAUAUUAACUUUAUGGUUGCAUGUUCUGAUGGUUCUGUAUGGAUAGGGGAUAAUACGAGAUCAAAAUUACAACAUGUCAAACUAACGGAAAAUAAAACUGAAGUUAUAACAAGUUUAAACACUAACAUUUAUGGAAUAGCAAUUUCUCAUUCAAAUAACAUUCUCGUUAAGGAUUCAACACCAACUAAACUUAGACAAAUCAACACUGUGACAGGGGAGAUAACUGAUUCCAUUUAUGAUAUAAAACCAUUGAAACCAGUCGGUAUCCAUGUAACCAGCGAUCACAGAGUCAUCAUAGGAGCGUCCUCUCCAUUGAGCCGGGUAGUGAUUGUGCUGGAUCAGGAAGGAAAACAGCUAAAGAGAUAUGAAAAUGACAAACAUAACAAACGUUUAUUUACUUUGCCUAGAUAUAUAACCAGUACCAGUAAUGGAAAUAUAUGUGUGGUGGACACAUUUGAUAGAGAUUUCCACGGUAGAGUGGUCGUGUUAUCGCCAGGAGGAGACAUUAUAGGGACUUACACUGGUCAUCCUGAGGUCAACACUAAGAAGAAACCAUUUAAAGCUUUUGAAAUACUUACAACACCAUCAGAUAAUAUUGUUGUUACUGAUACAGAAAAUCAUUUAUUACAUAUACUGAGUGACCAAGGACAAAUUAUUACCUACUACAACCUAAGUGACAUGGGGAUCUUACGUCCACACUCACUUACUCUGUCUUCAACAGGAACUAUCUUAAUAGGAUGCCUUGAAAAGAAAGCAUUUUUCGUUAUUUCAGACAAAAAGGCCAAACUUUAUGAGUUGGAAUAUUCUGGAUUCUAG